CCAACCGACAGGGGUUCGGUUUCUUAUUUACCAUCGAACUCAGCAAUAAUCCUGAAGAAACUGCACCCGGACCGCGUUCCUCCCACCUUUGUACAUCAUGUCUGAUAAAAGUGAGCUGAAGGCUGAGCUGGAGAGAAAGAAACAGCGACUGGCUCAAAUCAGAGAGGAGAAGAAAAGAAAAGAGGAGGAACGUAAGAAGAAAGAAACUGAAGGGCGGAGGGAUGAUGCUUCUCCACCACAGGAUGAUUCGGAUCUGGAGAGGAAGAGGAGGGAGACGGAGGCUCUGCUGCAGAGCAUGGGCAUCACUGAUCCUGCCAUGGUCCCCCCUCCCAUGUCCCCCUCUGCCAAAUCAGUGGGCAGUGAGACUGGCAGCCAGGAUUCGGGAGACGGUGCCACUGGACCCAGGACUCUUCAUUGGGACUCUGACCCCUCUACCCUCCUGCUGCAUUCAGAUUCUCAGCAUGGACGAGGUGCGCUGAGACUCGGCAUGGCUAAAGUGACUCAGGUGGACUUCCCUCCUCGAGAGCUGGUGUCCUACUCUAGAGAGACUCAGACCCCCACCACCACUCAGCCUAAAGAUGCUGAAGACGACAACGAGGACGAUGAUUCUGCGGUGACUCAGGCUGCUCUGGAACCGUCACAGGAAAAUGAACCUCAAAAAGAGGAAGAGGAGGCGCCCCCUCACGAGCUGACGGAGGAGGAGAAACAGCAGAUCCUGCACUCGGAGGACUUCCAGACGUUCUUCGAUCACAGCUCUCGUAUUGUGGAGCGAGCUCUCUCCGAGCAGGACGUCUGCUUCGACUACAGCGGCCGGGACCUGCAGGAUAAGGAGGGGGAAACCCAGGCUGGUACCAAGCUCUCUCUGAACAGACAAUUUACAGAUGAGCGCUGGUCCAAACACAGAGUGGUCACCUGUCUGGACUGGUCACCUCAGUACCCCGAGUUGUUGGUGGCAUCGUACAGCAGUAAUGAAGAAGCUCCUCAUGAGCCGGAUGGUGUUGUUCUGGUGUGGAAUAUGAAGUAUAAGAAGACCACGCCCGAGUUUGUCUUCCACUGUCAGUCUGCAGUGAUGUCAGCAGCGUUUGCACAGUUCCACCCCAAUCUUGUGGUUGGGGGGACGUACUCAGGACAGAUUGUGCUGUGGGACAAUCGCAGUAACAAACGUACACCAGUGCAGAGAACACCACUGUCUGCUUCAGCACACACGCACCCGGUGUACUGUGUGAGCGUAGUGGGAACUCAGAACGCACACAACCUCAUCAGCAUCUCUACUGAUGGAAAGAUGUGCUCCUGGAGCCUGGAUAUGCUCUCUACACCUCAGGAGAGUCUGGAGCUGGUGUUUAAACAGUCUAAACCGGUGGCUGUGACCUCCAUGGCGUUCCCUCUUGGUGAUGUGAAUAACUUUGUGGUGGGCAGUGAGGAUGGCACCGUCUACACAGCAUGUCGACACGGCAGUAAAGCUGGGAUCAGCGAGAUGUUUGAAGGACAUCAUGGACCAGUCACAGGACUGGACUGUCACAUGGCUGCUGGACCUGUAGAUUUCUCUCACCUGUUUGUCACGUCAUCCUUCGACUGGACCGUCAAACUGUGGAGCACCAGGAACACAAAGCCACUGUACUCGUUCGAGGAUAAUUCGGAUUAUGUGUAUGACGUCAUGUGGUCUCCUGUGCACCCCGCCCUGUUCGCCUGUGUUGAUGGAGUCGGACACCUUGACCUGUGGAACCUCAACAAUGAGACUGAGGUACCCUCUGCAUCAGUGUUGGUGGAGGGGAACGUGGCGCUGAACCGGGUACGCUGGGCUAAUUCAGGAAGAGAGAUCGCUGUAGGAGACUCUGAGGGUGGAGUGCACAUUUACGAUGUAGGAGAGCAGAUCGCUGUGCCACGGCAGGACGAGUGGACUCGCUUCCUGAAGACCCUCAGUGAGCUGAAUGAGAACCAGGAGGAGGAAGAGGAUCUGGCAACCCAGCGUCUGACAGCCUGAUUUCGCAGUAAUAAUUAACAAAGCGCUCAGACGGACAUUUUUAAUUCUCGUUCAGGGUCUCCAGCUCUCUCAUCUUCACUCUGAUGUGCUAACGUUCAUGUUCAUGUUGGACCGAGGGGGUUACUGGUGUGAAGAGAUGAAACACGUGGACGGUGAAGUUGUUAUUAGAUCAUGUCCUGAAUGUCGAUUCUAGGAAGAGGGGAGGAUGGUGAGAGCGUGAUACACUAUAUGGCCAAAAGUAUUUGGACACCUGACCACGAGCUUGUUGGACAUUCCAUUGCAAAAACAAAUGCUAUUAAAAUAAAGUGACCUUUUCUGUGAUCUUUUCAGCUAUAUCAACAGCCACUUGAAGUAUGUCUGUGGGAAUUUGUGCCCAUUCAGUCAAAAGAGCAUUUGUAUUGGCUGGGCAGAGAUGUUGGUCAAGAAAACCUCAGUUAAUGUUCCAAAUCAUUCCAAAGCUGUUGAGUGGGGCUGAGGUCAGAACUCUUUAUAGAUCUUGCUUUGUCCACAGGGGCGCGGUCAUGCCGGGCCUUCCCUACACUGUUGCUGCAAAGUUCAAAGCAUAUAAUUUCCUUUAUGUAAUUGAUUUAUUACACCUGUUAGCAGUUGUCGUGGCUGAAACAGAUACAAAUUAAAAGGUGUGUCCCAA